CUUGGCCACCACUUGAGGGCGCUACUUCAAUUUAACGGGGAGCAUUUUCUUCGUGCGUGUCAUGCUUGUCAUUCCAGAUGACAAGAGAAACAAAAUAAAUGUUACAAUUUCUUCCUAUAAACCUUGCAUUGAAACAGUAUCUACAUUUUACAGGCAGGGAAAGACUUUUCGCUUUGUUCUUAAAAAUUAGUUCCCAACUUGUGGUUCUGCGUCCAAUUUCCCAACAGCAAAACGCAUCAAAGAGAAAGAAGAUGAGUGAUACCGCGUUGGAUUCUGUUGCAGAUGUUGAGAUUGACAGCUCGGGAAAGUUCAAAUACAUCCUCAUUAAAAUAUGGCCUAAGGAUGAUAAAAACAACUCAAAGUAUAUAGUGAGAGGCGACGGAAGGGUCGACUACCAUGCCGACAUUUUUGACGAGGUUGAGCCUAAACUCCGAUCCAAGAAGAUCAGCUGUGACUGUGAGGGAGGGGGCCGGAUACAGCAUAAACCUCAGGCUAAGACAAUAUUGGUCUACGGGUACUCACAGGGUUUUGGCAGAGCAGAUCACAGCAUCACAGUGGAGAAGUUGAAAGCUAAAUAUCCCGGCUACACGAGUAUCACAUUUAACAACGAAGGCUACUGACAUUGUGAACUUUAGCUGUUGUGGCUUGAACUUGUCGUUUUAAUGGAUGCUGUGGAGGGUGGGGUGGGAGGGGCUUCUUGUAAAGAAGUGGGAGGUGAAAUAUCACAUACUGCUGUGCCCUGAUGCCAGGGAAGAUAGCUUCUGCUCUGGGAAUCGCAUUUGAUUGCUCUUAAUAAUGUUCACCAAAGUUGGUUUCUUUUUCAAAGUUAUGCAGCAUUGAUAUUUACCGUGUUCUUCACGCAAAAAGGCAAGUAGCAAGCUACAAAAAAUAUGCAAAUGAUUCAUUUGGGCAUUAUUUGAAAAAUAUUGGAGUAUGGAAAUGUUCUUGUAUGUAUUGUACAUGUGGAACUGUGAAUCGGAAUCUGUUGAACAAUUCAACCAAAGUCAAAUAACUUUUCAAGUUUGCUAAGUACAAAUUUAUUGAUCGGGUAUAAAAAUGAAAUAAAACAGUACCACUGCAAGCCAAGGUUUUUGAUAGUAUUUCAGAAAGCAUAGAAAAUUAAGUUCUUUAUGGUACAAUUAACAUUACUUAAAAAUGUUGCGAGUGAAAAACAUGAUACGAUAAGAACCCUGAAAUAUCUAAAAAAAAAAAAAAUUGCCAUAAAAAUCUUUGGUAACUUAAAAAGUGCACUAAAACCCUCCUAUGCAAACAUACCUUCUGUGCGAAGUUGUAAUUUCAGUAAAAAUUCAUCAAGUGACUGUUUUUAACAGUUAAGGGCUCACAGCAUGCAUAAAGCCAAAUUGACUGGCUGUGACUGUUUAUGUAACUUGAUACAGGUGUGCUCUAACUGUAGGUGAUUAAGCCAGCUGUGCCUACCACUUGCCUGCUUUUGUGUGUUGACUGAAUUUGACUAGUCACUGUGCUUGCUUGAAAUAUCAUCUGAUGGAUGGUUACUAGCCUAUGUAAAAGGCAUGGCAGGAGGGUUAGUGAAAGUUAGACGUACAAAACAUAAUUGCACAUUAACAAUGCUAUAAAUUAUAGAAUUGUAUUCAUUAACAAUGUUGGGCUUACUUCAAUGUCCCUUGUGGUAAAAAUAAAGUUUGGUAUA